AUGUCUGACGUAGAGACUUUUCUCCGGGAACUAGACGAGCGUAUGAAUUAUCCGGACGAGGAUAUUGACGAAUAUCUGUGGCGCCACAGAAACCAGAGUCAAAUAGGCAUAUCUUCCAGCGGGGAACGUUCGUUAUCCGUCGCCAUCGCUGCAGCUAACCCUUUAGCAUCGUCCAACGAGCUUCACGAAGAAAUGGUACAAGGGCCAUCGAAUAGCGUGAAACGGAAGUCGCCAGACUCAAAUGGCAUCUCGACUUCUCCACCUAGAAAAAGGCAGAGAACAGACAACACCCACGAGAAUAAAAUACUUGAUCAUAAUCCGCCUUCAGAUAGGGUAGAUGCUGCAAGGACUGCAUAUUCACAACAUAUUUCAUCACCUCAGAGGCCCCACGAAACCGCAGAUCAUACGGAAGAUGUGGAUAUUUUGAGUAAUCAGAAGGAUGUGGUUGUUCUAAACGCGACAGGCUCGCGGCCUAGAGUGUCAAACACACAUGGAGUUCAUAGUAUGGCUGAUCAUCACGAUCCAGAACUUCCACUCCAUCAAUUAUCGAUUCCAAUCCAAGAAGACCGACCCACGGAAGCUGUACAUGGUCCCACUAACAAGGACACGCCUCACCCGUCAAGUCCUGCACGAGACGUCAAAUCAGCAACGGAAGCGUCUGCGGGCUCUUCCAGGGAUGCGCCGAAAGCGUCGAGUUGUGCCAGUACAGUGAAAUCGAAUCGCCGCGACAAAGUGCUAAAGAUUCCUAAGGAAGAUCCCCGACAAGCUCGGAUUACGAAUAAUAGCACCAUCACCACGCUGCCCAGCUCCGCCGUCAGCCUAUCCGCCGUAUCUCCCUCAUCGAUCAACAAUGCUAGAGUGAAUAGCGUGAAGAACCAGAAGCAGCAGACCACAGCGAAGAACCAGAAAUCGAAGAAGACAAAGGUGCUUACAACUCCGGCGGAGUACGCACGACGGCUGCAGGCAGAAUACAAACCAAAGCGGUCCGUUAAGCCACAGUACCUUAAGGGAAAGAAGAUUCUUUAUGUUGGUGAUGAUAUGCUUUAUGCCAGUGCGGAGACGAAGGGCAAAAUGAAUAUUAUUAAGAAGCAUGGAGGAACACUGGUCGCAACAUACGAUCCGGAUGAGGUCACACAUAUUGUGACCGACAUAUCAAAGGAGAUACUGCUCAAAGCUCUCGGCCUCAGGUCUCUUGAUCAGAUUCCCAGCCACAUUCACACAGUGAAGUGGAGAUGGAUCAUUUCCGGUCCAAUUAGCAGUAGAAGCGGUCGCGCAGGUCAGCCUAAAGGCAAAGGAAAGGCAGUAGACGUUGGCGGCGAUCAAGCAGAAGAUGAUAAGGGUGCCCAACAGGAAGAAGAGGUCCCAGCGUGGAUGCCAUACGAAUUCGAAUACGCCGCCUUCGACGAGAGGAUUGACGCUGACCCAUUCUGGCAGCGGAACAUGGCGCACAAGCGCGGACGGGGAACCGGAGAUGGAUGUGAUAGGGGCAGUUCUAGUGGGCGCAGAAGUCUGGACAGAGAUCAGGAAAGCGGCGAGGUCGGCAGCAUCUCCGAGUUCACACAGGAUAAAAUUGUUCCCCAAGUUUCGGCGAUAGUCGAACACGAGGAAGCGCCACCUUCCCCUUCCAGACCUACCACUGGGUGCGAUGGGCGAGCACGUCCCUCAACGAAGCGGACCACGUCGACCACGGUGAAAGGCCGUUCAGCUUUCCGCAGGGAUUCUCAAGCAACGAUAGCCGGUUCCUCCGCUUGCGACCCGCUGGCCACCUUCUAUGAGGUAGCACGGGCCGAACGAGAUGAACUGCUGCGUUGUCAGGAGACAGACACCGAUACUGAUACGGGGGAUGAGUCAGACAGAGACAGGCAACACAGCGUCCAUAAUGCUUACCGUGAGCCCGCGAAGAAAAGGGGAUUUCUGUGUGAUAACAAGGACCCACCAUUGCCUGGAGAAUGUCCCAAUCAGGAUGUCAUUGACAAGUUGCAGGAGUUGAGGGAGCUUCACAAAGCCAAGCCAUCGGCCGAGGACCGCUGGCGUGUCUUCAGCUAUGACAAGGCUAUCAGAUCACUGAAGGACUACCCUACCAGAAUCAAGUCGUGCAAGGAGGCGCGGGCAAUCCGAAGUAUUGGCGAGAAGACUGCUCAGAAGAUUAUGGAAAUAAUUCAAACUGGCAAUUUGCGUCGCAUUAAGUACGAGAGGACUGAGGACGUCGGUGUGAUCAACUUGCUUCAGGGAAUUUACGGCGUUGGAAGAAAUACCGCUUUUCAAUGGUAUGCAGCCGGAUGUCGGACUUUGGAGGAUGUUAAAGCCAGAAAAGGGGGGAUCAAGCUCAGUGCGUCCCAGGAGAUCGGACUGAAGUUUUAUGCAGACAUAAAUACAAGAAUGCCGAGGAGCGAAGCUGCAGCAAUUUUUGAGAUUAUUAAGCCAAUCGCGCGGAGUAUCGAUCCGAACUUGGUGAUCGAGAUCAUGGGAAGCUUCAGACGAGGAAAGGCCGACUGCGGAGACAUAGAUAUUCUCAUCACUCGACCGACGGCAGAUGGCGGGAAUCACAGAGGCGUCCUCAAACAUCUUUUGCGGGAGCUGCAUCGACGAGGUAUCAUCACGGAAAAUCUCGCUAUGCCGGAAGAUUUUGACGACUUGGAGCUAAUAUAUCGAGGGCUGUGUAGGCGAGACCCGCAUAGUAUGAGACGCCGGAUAGAUUUUCUCACCGUCCCGUAUGAGUCGAGAGGUGCCGCUCUGCUCUACUACACUGGUGAUGAUAUCUUCAAUCGGUCUAUGCGGCUGAAAGCCAACAAGAUGGGGUACUCACUCAAUCAGAAAGGCUUAUUCGCUGGCGUCGUGCGGAAUCCAAGGGAUCGUCGCCAGAAAACAAAUCAAGGCAACAUAAUUGCCUCGGAGACUGAGCGAGAGAUCUUCGACAUACUCGGUGUACCAUGGCAAGAACCCCACGAACGAGUUAGGAAUUUUUAA